GUUGGUAUGAAAAAGGCUAGUGGAGUCCACGAUAGUGCGGGUUUGAACCCCGAUCUCGCGAAGUUAAGGAGCCAAUUUGCUCGUCAGCAGCAGCGUUGCUGUCAAAAUUUCUCAUCAAGUAUGAUCCGAACGACCGAUACGCAUCUCGUGGCAAAAGAUGAGCCGCAUCGAUGCGGUAGCGGCUGAGAUCUAGGGCCGUACCAGCUCAUAGAGAAUAGAGCAGACAAAAGCGCGACGCCGCCGCGGCCAGGAGACGACGCACCCGCUGGAGAGGAACGCCGACGCCGCGACGAGGAGCUGACUCGCCCGCUGCUGGAGAGGAACGCCGCAGGAACGCGCGCCCCCGCCGCAGGUCGCAACGAUGGCCCGGUUGAGCGCGGUGGUGCUCGCCCUCGCGGCGCCGGCCGGCGCGCUCGUGGCGCCGGCCGCGCCGAAGGCGACGGUCAAGGUCCAGGGCGUCUCGGACAUGAUCGGCGGCACGAUCGAGACGGCGGGCCUCUGGGACCCGCUGCGGCUGUCGGACGGCGCGUCGGACGAGCAGCUCCACCGCUGGCGGUGCGUGGAACUGAAGCACGGCCGCGUCGCCAUGGCGGCCACCGUGGGCUACCUCUACAACGACCUCCAGCUGAACUUUCCCGGCACGCUGUCGCCGUCGGCGAGCCUCAAGUUCGCCGACGUGCCCACGGGUUUGGCGGCGACGCACGGCUUCCCGAACAGCGUACCCAUCGCGGGCUGGGUGCAGAUCAUCGGCUUCAUCGGUGUGUUGGAAACCACCACCUUCAAGCAGGACCCCGCGAAGGAGGCGGGCAACGUCGGCGGCGACCUCUUCCGCCGCUACUCGGACCCCGCCGAGCGCGAGACGAAGCUCAUCUCGGAGCUCAAGAACGGCAGAUUAGCGAUGAUGGGCAUCAUGGGCAUGCUCGUCACGGACCAGCUCACGGGCAUGGGCCCGAUCUCGUGGCUGGUCAAGGACGGCUCGCCGUUCGGCGUCGUCGGCUCGAAGCUGACGUUCUAGGUUGAUAGUGGCAGCGGGUAAAAUGCCAUAGAUA